AUGGGUGCGAUUGUCGAGGACAGCCUAGAUUCCUUGCUGGCAGGGGAUCUUUCUGAUUUCACACAGAAAAGAGCUGCUAUCCUCGAGCCGGCCUACAAAUCGUAUCUCAUAUCCACAGAUUUUCGCCAAGACUCACCCCAUCCCUCUUCAAUAUACCUGCUUCCAUCAUCCGAGGUUGUUGUCUUGAUUUCGCGCUGCCCUGAGACUGAAGCAGCAACCGACCUGUACAUCACCAAGCUAUCAGACACCUUUGCGGAGAACUUCAUAGGAUACUGCCCCGAAGAGAAAUGUGUCGUGUUCAAGGGUGAGAGAGGGUUGAUAGACGACUUCAUAGACUUUAUCGAGUCUGUCGCAGGUGAAAAAGAAGUCACGGUGGUCAUGAAGGCCCCAGAACAAAUUCGGAUACCUCUUGGCGGACUAGAACAGGGCCUCGAGUAUGAGGAAUUUGUGGCUCGUGUCGAAAUUCUCGAGUGCGCUCUAUGGAUUGGAAACUCGCCGAGCGAACAGGAAGAAGGUGGAAUCCGGUUUACCAGAGUUGCUACAGACCCUAAACUUCCCGAGCCAGUCACAUCCGAUCGAAUGCCAACGCCCGAAUAUGCUUCGGGUGCCUCAUCUCCUUUAUCAGACGCUCCACCAUCUCCUUUGAUCCAUACUCCAUCGUCCCCUCUAUCUGAACCCCCCUCUGACAUUGAUGAAAUUUCAUUAAACAACUGGGACGACCUCAAUGCAUCAUCGUCUUCUUCGUCUGAGGGUGCUGAGAGCCCUCCCUCACGCCGGGAGCGGGAGUAA